AUGAGCACUCAGUCACAACAACAGCAACAGGGCAAACACAAGAACCGAAAAGAAGAGGAAGAAGAAGAAGAAAACCAUUUGCUACAUUCAGAAUGCGAGACAAUACCAUUGUCUUCACCCCAUAUAUCACCCUCAAACUGGGAACAUGCAGACAAAGGAGAAGAAGAAGAAGAAGAGAAAGACGCGGUGUAUGCAGCAAAGGACAAGGUGCAGAUAUUCGACUUGGAGUCUUCCGGCAGCGCAGGGUCCACGGUGGUGCCUCCGUUUUCGUGGAGGAAGCUGUGGCUGUUCACGGGGCCAGGGUUGUUGAUGAGUGUGGCGUUUUUGGACCCGGGGAACCUUGAAGGAGACCUUCAAGCUGGUGCAAUUGCAGGGUACUCCUUGCUUUGGUUGUUGAUGUGGGCCACCAUCAUGGGGUUGGUGAUACAGCUUCUGUCGGCGAGGCUCGGGGUCGCGACUGGGCGGCACCUGGCGGAGCUGUGCAGGGAGGAAUACGCCAACUGGGCCAGGUUGGUGCUGUGGAUCUUGGCUGAGAUGGCUCUCAUUGCUGCUGAUAUUCAAGAGGUUAUUGGCAGUGCUAUUGCUUUCAAGAUUCUUAGUAAUGGGUUUAUCCCCAUUUGGGCUGGUGUGGUUAUCACAGCCACCGAUUGUUUCUUCUUUCUAUUUCUCGAGAACUAUGGAGUAAGGAAGUUGGAAGGUGUUUUCGCAGUUUUGAUUGGAACAAUGAGCUUUUCUUUUGCAUGGAUGUUCUUUGAUACAAAACCCAGUGAAGAAGAACUAAUGAUGGGUCUUCUGAUCCCAAGACUUAGUUCAAAAACUCUUCGCCAAGCUGUGGAAAUUGUGGGGUGUGUGAUAACCCCACAUAAUGUGUUCCUCCAUUCUGCAUUGGUACAAUCAAGGGACAUUGAUAUCCGUAACAAAGGCCAGGUUCAAGAGGCUCUCAACUACUACUCAAUUGAGUCCUCAGUUGCACUUUUGGUCACAUUGGUCAUCAAUCUAUUUGUGAUGACAGUUUUCGCCAGGGUGUUCUACGGUACAGAACAGGCCAAUGGCAUAGGAUUGGUAAAUGCAGGGCAAUAUCUUGAGGAGAGGUAUGGAGGAGGGUUGUUUCCAAUUCUCUAUAUAUGGGGUAUUGGUUUACUAGCAGCUGGCCAAAGUAGUACCAUCACUGGCACAUAUGCGGGCCAGUUUAUAACAGAGGGUUUUCUUAAGCUCAAUAUAAAGAAGUGGUUGAGGGCAUUGAUCACUAGAAGUUGUGCAAUUGUUCCAACUAUGAUCUGUGCAAUUGUUUUUAAUACAUCAGAAAGUUCAUUGGAUACCUUGAAUGAAUGGCUUAAUGUGGUCCAAGCAAUCCAGAUUCCUUUUGCACUUAUCCCCCUUCUUACUUUGGUGUCCAAAGAGGAGGUGAUGGGGUCCUUCAGAAUAAGGCCUAUAGUAGAGAAAAUGGCUUGGAGUGUGGCUGUGCUGGUAAUAAUGGCUUAUGGAUACAUGUUAUUAGAUUUCUUCCUGGAUGAAGUGGAUGGAUUAUUGUUUGGUUUUCUAGUCUGCCUUGGUGCUUUAGCAUGGAUUUCAUUUAUUAUAUAUUUGGUUCAACAUGGUGGUGCCAUACCGUCAAUCCUGGCGAGGUCCCCUACUUCCAGAGGCUUUUCCUCUCUUUCUGAGAGCUAA